UUGUUCCUAAUUGAUUUUGGCCUGGCCAAGAAAUACAGAGACAACAGGACACGACAGCACAUACCCUAUAGAGAAGACAAAAACCUCACAGGCACAGCUCGAUAUGCCAGCAUCAACGCACAUCUGGGCAUCGAGCAGAGUCGUCGAGAUGACAUGGAGUCACUAGGAUACGUGCUGAUGUACUUCAACAGAACCAGCCUGCCGUGGCAAGGACUUAAGGCUGCCACAAAGAAACAGAAGUAUGAGAAGAUUAGUGAGAAAAAAAUGUCAACCCCGGUCGAGGUGUUAUGUAAGGGGUUCCCAGCAGAGUUUGCCAUGUACCUGAACUACUGUCGUGGUUUGCGGUUUGAAGAGGCACCUGACUACAUGUACCUGCGUCAGCUUUUCCGCAUUCUCUUCAGAACCCUCAACCACCAGUAUGACUACACAUUUGACUGGACCAUGCUGAAGCAGAAAGCAGCACAGCAAGCAGCCACCACAGGGGGACAGGGGCAACCGGUACAAACCCCCACAGGCAAGCAAACUGACAAACCCAAGAGUAACAUGAAAGGUUUCUAAGCAUUAAGACAAUGUAAUGAAGCAGAGCAGAGGUCGUAGCAGGAUUUGCCUUCCAAUCACACCCCGGCAUCUCGGAUCAAAUUCACCAGAACCUGGCAGGCACUGUGGGCAACCCUUUUCCUGUUAAAAAAAAAACUUUUGUUCCAUAUACUAUAUAUGUAAUCGAUAUAUAUUGAAAAUAUGCUCUGCAUAUAUCUAUAUAUUGGUAUGUAUAUACUAUAUCCACACAGAGAGCAGGCUUGGUUUGGAGUUGGAAGCUGUAGCCUUUUCUAUAGUCCUGUCACUUAAGACUUUUUGCCCCUCCUUCUUUGAAACUGAAAACUGUAGAAAAUUGUUGACGCGCUUUGGAUGUAAUUGUGCACAUGCCAAUAUUUUCCAGAGUUUUCUCCUUAAGGAUAGCUGUUCGGGGUCCUCUUCCCCAGAUCUUGGUUUCCCAUCAGACCAGUUUUGGCCCCUUUUCCCUUUUCAUCCUCCUUUCGUCAAAGAGCGUGGCAUAAUCCCAGACACUCUUCUGUCAGACUGGAGACAUCUGAGACACUUUUUUUGUCCUUCAAACCCCCCCCCCCCCUCCUCAAACAGUGAGACAUCUAUGAUUAAAUCUGUUAAUGUUUUAAAUGUAUCCAAAUAAUUAAAAGGCGAACUUUGGAUUUCUUUUUUUUUUUUUCUAAAAAGGUAAUUGUUCUGCCUGCUGAUAUGUGCUACAGAGCUUCUAAUGUGAAGAUUAAAAAAACAUUCUAGUGACUACUAGGUUUCUCUUUAGAACACUGCAUUAACUAUAUUGUACUUGGUAUUCUGAAGUCUUCUGAAAAAAUAUAUAAGAAUAAACUUCACAAAAGAAUAUUCAUUACAAAUGAGGCAUCACUCAAAUAAACCUUUGUUAAUUGCUUAGAUGGAAAUUGUAUGCAUCAAUGAUCUGCAUUUUAUUUUUCUCUUUUGAAAAAUGUUCAUAUUGAUUGAGAAAGUAACCAUUCAUAAGAUGAAUUGCUAUGAUAGCCUCCAUGUUCUGUUUUGAGAGAAAAAUGUGCUCACUCCACCCUUCCCAUUACCAUUUUUAUACGCAUAUAUCUUUUUUUUUUUUUUUUUUUUUUAAUCAGAAAAAAGUUGUACUUUUUCAGUUUUAUAGAGGUGUCUUUCCCUGUAUAGAAUCGAUAAUAUGGGGGAAAGGAUUUGUGUUGUUGCUUCUUGCUGUGGUGAAGCAGAUCCUCAUGUAAAAUAUCUCUGGGACUUACUCUCUGCAACAUUUUUUCGCGGCUGUUUAGUAGCGGCCUCUUGCUCAUUGUUUCCUUUUUUUUUCAUUGCAAAGAAAGUGUUGGAGGGUUUCUUUUCUAUAUAGUUUUGGUUCUUGUGAGGCAAGAGCAGUUUGAUUCAUUUUAUUUUUUUCCUCAGUCUUUAGCAACAACAAAUGCACUCCAGUAACCUGGCUUUUUUCCCCCAUUACCUCCAAACUGUCCCUCAGAACCAGCUUAAAGUAUUUUACAGCUGAACAUUCUAUAAAAAGUGUAAUUUAUUCCCUUUUUAGCAUGUCAGAAUAAAUUAAAAUGACUUCUCAGAACUACUGUCCCAGUCUCAGUAAUUUUAUGAGAAGUAGUCCCCUUCCCCCCCUUCUGUUUGUUCAGGUAUCAUUCUCUAGUCUGCACAUUUGUUAACAACCACAACCAGGCAUUAGCCUUUUUUAUUUUUGACACUGAAAAUGAAAUGCUUUAAAGAUUGAGAAGGCAUAAUGCUUUGUUCUCUAAAAUAGUAAGCUUUGAAUGAUUUUGUUUCAAGUGUUGAAUGGGACACCUGGAAAAGAUCUAAAAGGUAUUGCUGUAUUUCCAGGACAGCAGGUCCUGUGCAAUUCUUGUGGGGGUGGUGGGUAGUUCUAGGUGCUAGUGGUGGUUUCAAUUUCCAGGAUUCUGUAAAUAUUAAAAUGGCUUUAAAUGGCAGGUGUGGAAAUUGGUUAAUCAUUGACAAAUUAACAUGUAGGAGAUAGGGAGCAUAAAAACAGUUUAAUUUGCAUGUUUUUCCUGAUUCACAGCUAAAUAUUCUGCAUUGAAUAAUUAAUGCUUUUAUGGGUUGCUAAUAAUUGAGAAUAUAGAGCACUGCUGCUUGACAAAAAGGGCAGCAUUGUCAGACACUUGCAGUUUCUUAAUGAGUCAUCUGUAAGUGUUUGAAAUAAAAGGGUAAAGUCAUAGCUUGUCUGUUCAUAGGAAAUUCCAGGAAUGAUUACGUGGUUUCAAACCGGCCCAGAAUACGUUGAGACAGGGUUUUCAAAAAUUUAGUAACUGAAGAAAGAAGAAAAAAAGCAGCAUUUUGAAUGAAGCAAUGACAUUAUUACACCUAUGCAAGGUCAGCUAUUAAUGAAAGGUCUCACAAAAGUGUUGCUUAGAAAAUAUAGCUGCUUCUAUCCCAUGGUUGGCUUUGAAUCUGGAGAAAGAUUGCUAAACCCUUUUUCUAUUGAUUCGAUGGGUGUACCCGAGUUUGAGACACUUCAGGGGACUGUAGAGA